AUGUGCAUCGACGGCGAGUCGCACGCAGUAGCGUCGUUGUCGUGCCCGAUCGAGUCGCAAAGUAUCCCGUCGUCAUCGUCAGCUACGGGGGAGAGUGGGCAGCACGUGGUCGUCCUCAGUCGUGUCGGUCCCGCAGACACCCCGGAGUCGGACAACAAGUCGUGGAGCGUCGGGUCCAGGUGCGGAGGGAUACAAGUGGUGCUAUCGCCAACUCCGUCGCCCUCAUCCUCUGCUUCCCCAGUGCACGCCGUGCCGCAGCCGUUUCGGGCUCGCGAGGACACGGGCGACCGGCCCGAGGCGAGCCCGGUCCAGUCGGGCGGAGCCGCGGCGAUGGUCGCCAUCGCGGCAGUGACGCCAGUGGCUCGGGCAGGAGGCAGCCUGGGCAGCCACGACAAGAUGAUCGCGCAGGUGGCCGCAGUGGGGGUGCUGGUGGUGGCCGGGGAGACGCGCGAGCUGCUCCCCUACGCGCAUGUGCUGCUGCAGGAGCUGCUCGGGGAGAACAUGGACAUCAAGGACGACCUGGUGGAGCUGGGCGACCCGGAUCGCGAGCUGGACUGUGGGGCCUGCUACCUCGUGGACGGGAACCACGCGAUACGGGCGGCGUGGUUCGCGGGCAACGGCAAGGAGCAGAGGAGGUCGGCGAAGCUGGCGCUAGCCGUAGGGCUGUUCACGGGCGCG